CUCGACGCUGUGGAGCCGUCACGUCGUCCCGCUCGGACGGACAAGGAGCGAUGGCUGCGCGCCACCUCCGCAGUCACCGGCGCGAGUCGGGAUCGGCUCAAGUACUCGCCAUCGCCAGACGUCAAGGCGGCUGCCAACUUGCCCGUGUUUGUGCAGCGCGAGUUGCCCAAUCAGUGGGAGCAGCUGCUUCCUGCGCUCGACAACUUUGUUCUCAUGCACCGCGAUGUGGAGCGGACUCGUAUUUUUGAGCUGCUCAAGCUGACCGAUCAGCUGGCUGCCCGUCAGACGCCGCGACGCCUCGCACUAUUGCGCUCUCUCCUGAAAACCCUCAAGCAUCACCAGGCAACGGUUCCCACGUCGUCCAUUUUCGGUGUGCAGUUUGCUGGUGUGAUGGAAGCGCUUCGGUCCCUCCCUCUGGCCAGACGCAGUCCCGCGCUGCGACGCGCCAUCUCGCGACUGGCGCACCAGCCCGCCGUCAUUGAAAUGGCAGCUGCUGCCAACAUUGAGCCGGCUCAUUCUGCCAAAACCCUCCGUAUGGCCGUCGAUAUGGUUCUCGGCAACGUCCGCCAAGUCCAGCAAAUGCUGCGGGCGCCCUUGUCGGUCGUUCAAAAGCGCUUGGCGGAACUGCAGGGCAAGCCCCGCACUGCCACUUUUGCGAAAUGCGACGAAAUCUUUGCCAUGCUCCCGAGUAGUGCUGUUGUCGCGCAUGUGAUGCAACGUCUGACGGAAGGAGGCAUGUUCAAGGUUGCCAUCGAUCUGCACGAUGCGUUUGUUUCCACGUUCGCCAGCGUGACCGCCCUGGCCGCCUCCACGCACAACCAAUCCAAGACUGCACUGUUGAAAUUUUCGACACAGCAAGAAGCCUGCGGUUUGGCGAUGGACAUGAAGACUGCCAUCAAGGUCCGUCGCGCCACCGACCUGCUGCAGACUUCGACCGACCGUCUCAAGUUUAUGCUUGCGAGCGCACCCACGAACGAGUUGCUCACGCCGCUGCUCGUUGCGCUGGGCCAUGCUCAAGACGCGUCCCGUGUCAUGGUCGAGCUCACACGCUACCGCACCUUGUUCAAAGCCGAGCCGCGCAUGCAUCUGGAGGCUGCUGCUGCGCUUGCCCUUGGCGGCACGCCUGUGCGCCAAGCCCUGGAGGUCCUCCCUUCUUUGCAAGCCCUCACCUCGUCGACCGAGUUGGUUCUCAGCUUGCUACGCUGCGCGGUGCGAGAGCACGACUUGGAUUCCUGCGCCCGCAUCAUUCAGGGUUCAGGACUGGUCCAACUGUUGGAGACGGCAUCCACCCGUUCUGAUUUGGAAACCAUCGCUUCAAGUCCCCCUCGCAACGAUCUGACAGCCAUCUCCCGUGCCAUGCACGACAUGCACCACGUUCGGAAUGUGGACUAUUUGCCGGGAAACGCUUCUACGAGCCCUUCGCGGCAAACAUUGAGUGCGGCUGUUACCGAGGUCAUUCGGGCCUUCCGCAUGGCGCUCGCAUACAGCGUCGAGGCAAAGCCUGCAAUGGCGUCGCAUCCCGCUCUGGUCGCGAUGAGCGAGGCUGAGCGUGAACUGUUUUCCUGCUUGCACAAGCUCACCGCACGAGCUCCCAACGCAGCCCAACAAGAGCAAAGUCCCGCAAGCGUCCACGCCCUGUUGCAGCUUUCCCUCUCCCCGCCCGUUCUCAGAGCCUUUGGUUCGGCACAAGCCAGCGAAUUGCUCUUGACGAUGCCUCGCUCGGCGCUUUCACGGCUUGCAACCAGCUUUGUCGAUAUUUCCCCAGCCGCGGUCCAGCAACAGCUGGCCGAUGCCGGCCUUCUUCCCGCGACGGUUGCUUUGCUCUAUCACCAAGCUGGUCGCCUCAUCGAGGAGUCGAGCCAAGCCGCUGCAGCGACCGUUGCCGGAUUGAACGCCCGUCUCCAUCACCAUCGUCCGCCGCAACAAGACACUUCCGCAAUGGUCACGGCCAUCUUCAGCCUUGUAUCGACCUUGUACCACCAGUUUACUCCUUUGUCGUCACGCAAGGCGCGCACCACAGGCUCGUCGUUGCAAGCACAUUUGCAAGACUCGGUUGCUUUCGCCACACUAGCGACAUCCCUGCGCAUGGUGAUGGUCGCCGAAUCUCGGCGGUUCCAGAGCGCUGUCUCGAGGAGCGCGGACGCGGCCCUGCGUCUCCCGCUUUCGUCGCUGUCGCCCAGCGCUAUUGACACCCUUCUUCGUGAGGGUGGAUCCGUCGAGCACUUGUUCUCGCCGAUCGUGGAUGGCGCAACGCUCGGACAGAUUGUGCCCGCACCAUCCGAGCAGAGCCAGCUGUUUGACGAUUGUCAGCUCCCGCUCGAGCCCUGGCGCACCAACGCGCUGGCCUAUCCGUCGCAUCUCUUCCGCACUUCCUAUGCCCUCGCUGCAGUCAUGACUCGCACCAUUCUUCCGCAAAUUCAUUGGCGCGUGGACGCUCACCGCCAAAUGGCCAAUACGAUGAUUGCCCUCCACGCCGACGCUGGAAGUGUUGUGACAGCCAUCCGACUCACCAUUUCCGCGCUGCGCGAGGGCGUGCAAGUGCAGCCGCACGCGUUUGCCGCCGUUCUGCGCGCGACAGCCACGGUUCCGAGCGCCAACCCCAAUAGCCAACGACUUGCGGAAAUUAUUGUCACGCACAUCUGGCCCUCCAUGAAUAACGCCAUGCAGGAUGUGCCGCAUAUGAGCCGGCCCUUUCUCUCCGCGGUGACGUCGCCACGCUUCGACCAGCACGUGAGCACAACGAAGUCUUCUGUCGCGUCACCGCAUCAGCCGAUCGCUCCUCCGCUCGCUCAUGCCGCCGCGCUCAGCCCCAUCAAGGAAGCUGCAGCCGCGCCCUUCAACCAGACCGCCCGCACCGACACCGAGCCACGCCCCUUGUUGUCGUCGUUGGCGGCUGCGGGAGCGUCGUCGUUUGGCCCAGACCGAAUCGACGACUUGAGUUUGAUGCAGGGCGUCGUCACACCGGGGCCUGCACAGAGCCUUGGCGCCGUCUCGACGUAUGUGCAGCGCGCCGACGUGUCGCUCCAGCUUGGACGGUACGCCGCGGGUGCACUGGGCGACUUUUUCAAGUGCUGCGCUCGCAUCAACCGCCCCACCGAGGCGUAUCUGGCGAGCCUGUCGCGUCAGUUCGACGGCGCGCUCAACCCGCGCAUCUUUGACGCCCUGCUUGCCGGCCUGAACGAGGCGAAUGAUGCCGAGGGCUUUGCCGCAACGCUUGCGUACAUGCACCGCUGUGGCGUUGCGAUUGGUUUGCAAGCCCAUUUGCAAAUUGUCAAGCACUACGUGGCCACGCCAGCCGUCGCCGAUCAAAUGAUCCACCGAUUGCUGAGUGGCACCUCGGUUGCCGUCCGGGUUUCCGGUGACGCGUCUGAGCUGACGGUCGCGGCGCAGAUUGCUUUUGCCAGCAAGGCUGCCGACUCUGAGACUGCGGGCUCGAUUCCAGCAGCGCAACAACAACCCGCUUCUCCAGCAGCGCGUGUCUCACAUGAGCUGGCGACGGCCGAUUGGUACAUGGACCUUGUUGCCACGGGUGUUUCGGCGUGGCUGCGCGCUGAUCAGCCCUCUGCAGCGGCUCGGCUCGUGCUCACGUCGCUGCCCAAUCUCCCUUCCUUUGUCAGCCGUUCGGCUUUGUUAACGCAAUUGGCCGAUCUCACCAGCUCGACGUCUGCUUCUGGCCGGACGUUUGCCAACGAGCUGACCCUUGCCUUGUGCUCCAACCCCAUGCUGGUGCCUGCCCGCGCCGUCCACACCUGGCAGCAUCACUUUGAAGCGCAACUUUCGGAAGAGACUCUUGCUGCUCUUGCGCGAUCACGCAAGUAGUGAACCCCCCCCCCCUCCCAACUCAAACUUUCCUCCUCUCCCCC